AUGAAGACAGACGCGAGGAGCCAGCUGCUCCUCUUCCUCGCGUUGUGCGUCGCGGUGCAUGAGUCCCAAUCUGCGAAUUGCAACGGAUGCGUUGGAGCCAGAUGUGACUGCAGUGGAGUGAAAGGAGGCAAAGGUGAUCGGGGUUUCCCAGGUCUCACCGGACAGCCAGGGGUCCCAGGGUUCCCCGGACCCGAGGGGCCAAUCGGAGGCAGAGGAGAGACGGGCAACAACGGGCCAGGAGGACCAGGCGGUCCAAAGGGAAUCAGAGGGCCUCCGGGAUUACCAGGAUUUCCAGGAACACCAGGUCUUCCGGGUCUGCCGGGUCAUGACGGACCCCCGGGCUCGAGAGGCGUGGCAGGAUGCAACGGAACAAAGGGCGACCGAGGUUUCCCAGGAAGUGGAGGGAUCCCAGGUCAGCAGGGUCUGUCGGGACCACCAGGUCUGCCGGGGGCAAAGGGAGAUCCAGGAGACGUGAUCUCCACCAAUCGGUUUGGAGAACAAGGAUCAGUGGGAUUACCGGGUGUACCAGGAGAAUCUGGCCAGCCGGGCCCCUCUGGUUCUCCAGGUCCACUCGGACCCCCAGGACCCAGAGGUUAUGAGGGUCGUCCAGGUCCUCCCGGUGCUCCCGGACCCAAGGGAAACAUGGGUUUGAACUUCCAAGGACCCAAAGGAGAGAAGGGAGAACUAGGUUUGCCAGGACCCGCCGGUCCUCCCGGUCAGGUGGGAGAACAGAAGAGAACCCCCGAGACGGAGAUCCAGAGAGGAGACAAGGGCGACCCGGGACAGAGCGGCCUUCCAGGAGAUCGAGGUUAUCCAGGUCCUCCCGGCCCCUCGGGUGGACAGAAAGGAGGAAAGGGCGAAGCAGGAGAGGCAGGAAAACGAGGUAAACCAGGCAAAGAUGGCGACCCCGGUCCUAAUGGAUUCCCUGGAGGCAAAGGAGAACCCGGCCAGCCAGGUCCUGCAGGCAGGGACGGAGAGAGAGGUCUGAAAGGAGAUCGUGGAUUCGCAGGCCCACCUGGACUGGUGAUUGGCGGGGGGUCAGGAGGGGGGGUUGGUCAGAAAGGUGAGCCCGGUUUCUCCGGUUCCCCUGGAUUCAAAGGAGAUCGAGGACCAGCAGGUUUGGUAGGACCGCCUGGAGCACCAGGACGUCCAGCCACCGGCGGCGGCGGUCAAUCGGGACCUCCAGGUUUCCCCGGAGAGAGAGGUCAGAAGGGAGAGAGCGGCUCUCCGGGGUACUCUCAACCAGGAACCCCAGGAAGCUCGGGACCUCCUGGUCCCCAGGGACAACCGGGGCUUCCUGGACCUUCAGGCACUGGAACAAACUGCAUCCCUGGAUCACCCGGGUUUCCCGGUGUGAAGGGAGAGCCGGGUUACCCUGGACAAUCGGGUCAGAAAGGUGAUAGGGGCGAAACCUGCGUGAACUGCCGCGGUGACAACAACCCGGUCCCAGGAGUCCAAGGACCGCCUGGACCACCCGGAUUCCCAGGAACUCCCGGCAGCCCAGGAUUUAAAGGAGACAGAGGAUAUCCAGGAGGUCCUGGAGGUGUUGGCCCUGCUGGUGGCCCCGGCCCUCAAGGUUCCCCAGGGUUCCCCGGAGACAAGGGUGACCCCGGUGAGUCCAUCGCAGUGGCUGGUGGGCGUGGAGAUAAGGGCGACUCUGGGUUCCCCGGUUCCCCGGGUCUGCCCGGCGUGGACGGGCGACCUGGUCUUAAUGGACAACCUGGAUUCCCGGGGCCCAAAGGAGCUUCUGGCUCACUGCAGGUUAAAGGAGAACGAGGACUCCCUGGUGAGCCAGGUGGUCCUGGUAUUCCAGGUGACAGGGGUUCGCCAGGUCCCUCCGGCUAUGGAGCUCAAGGGCCCUCCGGAGAAAAGGGUAACCAGGGCGUCUCGGGAAGACCUGGAGAACGCGGUUCUGCUGGUGCUAAAGGUGAACCCAGCAGGUCGGUGGGAGAGAAAGGUUCACCAGGAUCCCCCGGACGGGAUGGAGAGCCUGGACCCGCCGGUUUCAAAGGUGAACCAGGUCCCGCCGGAUCGUCUGGUUACCCUGGUUCACCAGGAGGGAAGGGUGAACCUGGCUACCCUGGCAUCGGACUCCCUGGAUCCCCAGGGUCUAAAGGAUUCCCAGGUCUCUCCGGGCAGCCAGGAUCUCCUGGAGGACCAGGCAGACCAGGAAUAGAUGGAAUCCCCGGCCAGCCUGGAUUUCCUGGAGCCAAGGGUGACCCUGGCUUCGGACUUCCCGGCCCACCUGGUGUACCUGGAAUACCCGGAUCUAAAGGUUUCUUUGGACCAAAGGGAGAUGCUGGUUUCCCCGGUGGACCUGGUUCACCAGGAAGAUCUGGAUUUGAUGGCGGCCCAGGAGCCAAAGGCGAGCCCGGUUCAUCUGGUAUCCCUGGAGCUCGCGGCCCCCCCGGACCCCUGUCCGGUGGCACAACUGGAGCCCCAGGCGCCCCUGGACUUCAGGGCCCAAUGGGACCACCAGGAUUCCCUGGAUCAAACGGAGGGAAGGGUGACCCCGGCCCUCCAGGUCUCGACAUCCCCGGUUUGCCAGGAGACAGAGGAAGUCCCGGUUUCCCAGGUUCUGCAGGACCAGCUGGAACCCCAGGACCUCCUGGAGGGCCUGGACGAGAUGGCCUGCCUGGAUUCCCAGGUUCGAAAGGUGACAUGGGUUCCAUGGGAGCCCCAGGACCCUCCGGAGGACCAGGAGGCCCAGGAGGACCUGGUGCUUCUGGACCUAAAGGUGAACCUGGGUUCUCAGGCAGAGACGGUGGUCCUGGUGGUUCUGGCAUUAAAGGAGAUCGGGGUGAUACCGGUCUCACAGGACCCCCGGGUGUCAGCGCCCCCCCAGAGGCACACAAAGGAAACAAAGGAGAGCCAGGAAUUCCAGGUGGAUCAGGUUAUCCAGGUCAGAAAGGUAUCAGUGGUCUCCCGGGAGACCCAGGACUCCCAGGAUCAGAUGGUCGCCCUGGAGUCUCCGGACCACCAGGUCCCAAGGGAGAUCCAGGACUCUCAGGAGGCCCGGGAGGACCUGGAGGUCCAGGAGCGAAAGGCGCCAUGGGAGAAAUGGGAUUCCCUGGACCAGGAGGACAGAAGGGUCUACCCGGUCUGUCAGGUCGGUCAGGAACCCCGGGACAGCCCGGAGGACCUGGUUUCCCCGGAGCCAAAGGUGAACCAGGUUCUGCCGGAGUUGGACCACCUGGACCAGGUGGAUUCAAGGGUGAGCCAGGUCAGUCCGGGUACCCUGGAAGUCCAGGACUCAAAGGAACUCCAGGAACACCCGGUCUCCCAGGUUUACCUGGAGGUCCAGGUUCCAAAGGUGAUCCCGGCCUCCCAGGAUUCCAAGGUUCUCCUGGUGUCCAAGGUCCUAAGGGUCUUGACGGGGGUCCUGGCUCCCCAGGUCUCAACGGAGCACCAGGUAGACCAGGAGAGUCUGGCCGACCUGGAGGACCAGGUUUUUCAGGGGAUAAGGGUCAGGCAGGUCGGGAUGGAAUCCCAGGACCGGCUGGAGUCAAAGGAGAGCCCGGACUUCCUGGUUUCGGCGGCCCCGGUGCCUCUGGGCUUCCAGGGUUGCCAGGGUCAAAGGGAGACCCAGGUCUUCCCGGCCCCACUGGCAGCUCCGGUUUCCCCGGCCCUAAAGGAGAUGCUGGCUUCCCUGGUAACCCUGGGCCUUCAGGACUCAGCGGCCCCCCUGGCCCCUCUGGACUGGCUGUGCAGGGUCCCAAAGGACUCACUGGUCCCCCCGGACCCCCAGGACGAGCAGGUCCCUCAGGUCCUCCAGGUUCAAGCGGCCCGCAGGGUCCACGCGGACCGGCAGGAAGUGGCGGCGUCAAGGGAGAGACGGGUAUCUCCGGCGCUCCUGGUCAGAACGGCUUCCCUGGACAGAAGGGAGAAGCUGGUACUCCAGGAUUCCCGGGUUCCUCUGGUCUUCCUGGCGGCAGCGGUAUAAAGGGAGACAUCGGUCUGCCUGGUGUUCCUGGAUUCCCUGGAUCCAAGGGAGACCCAGGAAUCUCCGGUGGUAAUGGUCUUCCUGGAGAUCCUGGAGAGAUUGGGUUUACCGGCCCCCCCGGUGAACCUGGCACAGCUCGGCCUAUCGUAGUGAAGGGAGAACCAGGACCCCCUGGAUCUCGCGGUCAGCCUGGCGGCUUAGGACAGCCUGGUUCUCCUGGACGUGACGGGCUCCCAGGUCAACCUGGUAACCCUGGAGAUCCGGGUACAGACGGUCCCCCUGGCUUCAGCGGCCCGCCCGGCAGGAAAGGAGACACCGGACCCGCCGGUUCACCUGGUCAGCGUGGUUACCCUGGUCCUCCGGGUUCAGACGGUCCACAGGGUCAGCCUGGUACCCCGGGAACGGCCUCUGCAGCCCACGGAUUCCUGAUCACCCGUCACAGCCAGGGUACCGAGGUUCCCAUCUGCCCGGACGGCACCAGCGUCAUCUACGACGGCUACUCGCUGCUGUACGUGCAGGGCAACGAGAGGGCGCACGGCCAGGACCUGGGCACGGCGGGCAGCUGUCUCCGCAGGUUCAGCACCAUGCCCUUCAUGUUCUGCAACAUCAACAACGUCUGCAACUUCGCCUCCAGGAACGACUACUCCUACUGGCUGUCCACGCCCGAGCCCAUGCCCAUGUCCAUGGACCCGCUCCGGGGGGAGGGCAUCAAGCCGUUCAUCAGCAGGUGUUCGGUGUGUGAAGCUCCAGCGAUGGUGAUCGCUGUUCACAGUCAGACGAUCCAGAUCCCGGCCUGCCCGGCCCGGUGGGAGGCUCUGUGGAUCGGAUACUCCUUCAUGAUGCACACCAGUGCCGGUGCAGAGGGCUCCGGUCAGGCCCUGGCCUCCCCCGGCUCCUGCCUGGAGGAGUUCCGCAGCGCUCCCUUCAUCGAGUGCCACGGCAGCGGCACCUGCAACUACUACGGCAACUCCUACUCCUUCUGGCUGGCCACCGUGGAGCAGUCUGAGAUGUUCAGGAAGCCACAGUCGGAGACCCUGAAGGCCGGGAACCUACGGACGCGCGUCAGCCGUUGCGUGGUCUGCAUGAAGAGGACGUAACAUCCCACACAACGAGCCCACCGCUG